GGGACGACCUAAAGGCGACGACAACGGCCACGGCGCCGGCGGCGAAAAAGACGACGACGACGACCACGCGUGCGCGAGCAGGCGGUCCGUCCGGGCACCGCGCCUUUCAGAGCCUCGCGGAGAGCGACGGGCGCGUGCAGAGUCAGAGCGACCCAGACUUCCGCCGUGGGCGGGCGGGCGUGCGAAAAUGCAAUCGCAGCCACCGCGACGGCAGCCGAGCGUUAACCGAGCGCGAAGCUAGCAAUCCCCCGAGACCUCCGAAGGAUCAGUCUGUCCGGCCCGCGGGCCACAGAAGGCAUCGACCCCGUCUCCGAGAGCAGGAGAGCAGGCGUCCGUCCCGGAUCCACGCUUGAUCCUCAUGGAGACCGAAAACGGCCCCCGAAAGCCAAGCAGAAAUUGAAGACGUCAACACGGAAGAAUCGAUCCGCCGGAGGUCCGGUCCAGACCACGCCGCACUGCCCCACUGCGGCGCGCCCGCCAGGCCGGCCGCGAGCCGUCGGGCCCCCGAGCCGCUCACUUCGAGCGCUGGCGCAUCUUGCGGCGCUUCUUCUGCAGCCGGCGCUCCUCUUCUUCUUCCACUUCCACCGGAACAUCGAGCGCGCCUUCUUGUACGGGUUGGACUUGUGCGCCAUCGCGGCGGGCUGCCCGCGAGGCUCUCCCAGUGGUGCCGCGCGUCUGGCUCAAGGGCCCGAGCCGGCCGCU